AUGGGAAGCAACGGCGAGGACUCGCAAUCGCCAAACCGCAAGGCCCAAACAGGGGAUGGGACCGACACGCCCUCGACCCCCUCUAGGAAUCCAGGCGGUGUCAACUAUUCGGCUUCUACUGGAUCGCUGCUCACUCCCCCCAGCAAGUCCUUGACCACAGGCCGACGACCUGACCCUGGUCUGAGGCUGGGAGGCUUCACUCAGCUGGAUACUGAUAUUCCCGACUCAGACUCGGACGAAGAAGGGCAGGAAAGGUGGAAAUCUGGACCCACGACGCCUUCGAUUGCAGAGACCGCUGCUCAGCUUCGUCGUAGCCUGUCGGUGCACGGACUGCACGAGCUUGCACAAAACCCGGCGCAGAUCAGGCACAAGCUGUGGAGACCGGCAGAUGACCCUGCGCAUGUGCCUCACGAUUAUGAGCGGGUCAUUGUCCAUUCGGUGAGUCAUGCUGUGAGCUGGUGAUGGCUCGAGAAGCGACGCUUGCUAACAGCGAGCCCUGCCUGCGCACGCCAUUGCAGUUCCGAGGAGGUCUGCGCGCGUUGCUCUUCGCCUUCGGAUGUCGAGGAACGGUCAUGCUUCUCUUUGCUUUGGUCAAAGCUUUCCGAACCAAGUGAGUGCUCCGCGGAAGUCUCGAUGUGUACGCAAGCGCCACUUGGUGAUGCGAGAUCUUGAAUCGGAGGACUUGAAUCUGGGCUGCAGCCGGCGCUCGGGAGUCGGGAGUGGUAGGUUUUGCAGUUUGCGGUUCGCGUCCGUCGUAGUACAAGAAGCACCUUGUUUGAGCAUGCUCAGAACGUAGCAACGGCUUAGCAAUGCUCGAUCAAGGAGGCGGAUUGGGUUUCGAGUGAUUUCGCUAUCACCAACACUGGUGUGGGUAGCUGGACCCGAAUCUAUCAGAGCGUCGAGACGUCAUCGCCGUCUGGAGACGGAGCUGCGCAUGCAGUCACCUAUCAAGCACAAUCAUGAGCGACGCUCUUCAGCUGGUCAAUCGGGUGUACUGACUAAUUCUCAACACGAAUUUACAGGAAAUGGAAGACAAACCCCUUGGUCCUGGCGUUCUUCGGUCCGACCAACGUUCGCUUUGCAUCCGUCUUUGGCCUUUGGACGCUGAUCUACAAAGCUGUGCACAAUGGUCUUCGCCUAGUCACACCGAUGCCCGAGCGUGUUCCUCGCCGCAAGCGCAGCGCUAGCGGAGAUGGCUCUGCAAGUGGGAGCGCGACUCCUCGAAGCGGGUACUCUGAGCUAGAAGGCAAGACAGGGGAAGAGAGAGCGAAGCUAAAAAACAACCAAAAGAAGCGUGCUUUCAUGCGCGACCCUCGAUCGAAGGUGUGGCACGCAUACGUCGCAGGUGCCCUCUCCGGUCUGGCCAUACUCGCAGAAGCACCGGGAAAUCGUAUCGGAUUGGCUCAGCAGCUAGUGGUGCGGGGCUUAGAGGGCACCUAUAACGUUGCCCACGGGAAAGGUCUUAUCACCAUCCCGUAUGGGUCCGUCUUGGCCUUUGGCAUGGCGUGCGGACAGAUCAUGUACGCUUGGAUCGAUGCACCCGAAUCGCUCCCGCGCUCCUACGUCAAGUGGAUCACCGAAGCCUCCAAGGUGACGCCUAUCUGUCUCAAGGUGCAUCGCGAUCACGAGGAUGUGGUCACCAACGACUGCUUCGAGUUGUUCCCUGGCGGCAAGUUCCCAGACCUCAUCAAGAUGCCAAAUGGAAAGAUGCGCUACCCCAACCUUCCCGCCACAAAAGCAAAUAGGCGCGGCAUGACGGGAAAGAAUGUCGCGAAGGUCGUUGCGUGGAAGGAACGCACGGACAAGGGCAAGCUGGACCCCUUCGUGCCCUGCUGUCUGGUCCAUCCCUGGGAGGACAGUCACUGGUGGAGUCCAGUAGACCGUUUCGUAGAGGUUACUCGCUGGAUUCUGCCAGUGUAUGCAACUCUGCACUUUGUGCCUGCCAUCUUCUUGCGAAUGGGCGCGUUUAGAAAGGACCCGUGGCGGAUCUUGUCGCGAGCCGCCUUUGGCUCUUUGCGAUCGUCCUCCUUCCUGGGCGUCUUCGUCAUCAUUUUCCAGACGUUCUUCUGCGGCUGUCACUCCAUUCUGUCCUGGCUGGACAAAUUCCCAUCCAUCCGGGAUAGAGUCCCUGGCUGGUUCAUUCACGCCCUCACAAAAGGAGAGAUGCAUUGGUUUGCGGGUUUCCUGACCUGCUUUUCUCUUUUCAUCGAGCAUUCCAAACGUCGCACCGAGCUCGCGAUGUACGUCCUUCCCAAGGGCGCAGAGUCUGCUUGGUCCGUUGCGCGAAAGCGUUCUUGGGUUCCAUUCGUACCCGGUGGCGAUCUGCUGCUCACUUCGGCAGGCAUGUCGCUGGUCAUGGGCACCUACGCUCAAAGCCCCGAGCACCUCUCAGGCAUUGUUCGCCGCGUUGUAUAUCAGUUCGUUGGCCACAACUAG